UUUUUUAACAUUAGUGUUAGUAUGUCACUGCUGCAAACAGCCUCUAAGUUUUUAAUAUAGUUGUUGUUGAUUGCUAGGCUUACCACUAGGUGGCGGAAAAACUUUGCCAAUGUAUUCUUAAUAUUCCACUUACAAGCUUGAUAUAUUGCUGAAACCAAGAAAAAUCUUUAGGUAUAAAGUUUUCACAUUUAUCACCACUAGAUAAAUAAAGAAUAAAUAGCAAUGCAAAAACAUCCGGCGAAAUAUCUAGCAGUAUGUCUAUAAUAUAUAUUGGAAAAAGUCUCAUUCAGAUUUCUUCCUGAAAUAUUAGGUAGCCUCAUCAGUAUCUUAUCUCUUGCUAUGUGUUUUUCGUUUAGAGUGGGCUAUAUCCCUUAUAAGAUCAGAUGUUGCGAAAUCGGGUGAAAGCUACAGGCUGUCAGGAGGGGUAGGAGGAAGACGGAGAUGGAGUGAGCGAAAGGACGGGUAAAGGAGUGUCGCAUGGUCCGCGGCGUGCACAUUUCACGGAAACGCCGCAGCUGAGAACUUCCGGCCCGCGAAACAUGGCGGCUCCCUGGAUGGAGAAGUUAUCGGAAUCGUUGGGCUCUUCAGAACCUGCGGUCAGGUUGAUCUUGUCCGUCCUAAUCGGUUACCCAUUUGCCCUGAUAUACCGGAAAUGCUUCUUCCGCCGGCCCCCCUGCGCCGUCCACCUGUUCCACACGCUGUCGGGGCUCGCUCUGGCAGCCUUCAACUUUGCAGGCUCUCAGCUUUAUCACUCCGCAGUGUGUGUUGUUGUCCAGUUCCUGUUGCUGAGGCUAAUGGGAAGGACAGUGACAGCCGUUUUAAGCAGCUUUCUAUUUCAGAUGACUUACCUCCUGUGUGGAUAUUACUACACAGCGACAGAUCAGUAUGAUAUCAAAUGGACCAUGCCCCACUGUGUGCUCACACUCAAGCUUAUUGGUUUAUCAUUCGAUUACUAUGACGGUGGGAAAGAACGAUCGCAGCUCAGCGCAGAGCAGCAGAGCUCCGCCCUGUCUGCCGUCCCAUCUCUCCUGGAGGUCUGUGGCUUCUCCUACUUUUACGGUGGCUUCCUAGUGGGUCCGCAGUUCACACUUCGCAGCUACCAGAGGCUGGUCUCCGGGGAGCUGACUGACUGUCCUGGACAGCCACCCAGCAGUGUGCUUCCGGCCAUGAAGCGCUUCUUCUUGGGUCUUGUCUGCCUGACGAUUUUCACUGUGGGAGGUCCCUAUUUCCCAGACAGCUACUUCCUCACGGAAGAAUAUGAGGCUCAGCCCUUCUGGUUCCGCUGUUUAUACAUGCUGAUUUGGGCUAAAAUCACUCUGUACAAAUACGUCAGCUGCUGGGUCAUCGCUGAAGGAGUGUGUAUCCUUUGUGGGAUGGGCUACAAUGGAAAAGAUGAGAAGGGCGUGCACCAAUGGGAUGCCUGUGCCAACAUGAGGGUGUGGCACUAUGAGACCACGCCCCUCUUCACUGGCACUAUUGCCUCAUUCAAUAUCAACACCAAUGCAUGGGUGGCCAGGCAUGUUUUUAAGCGGUUGAAGUUCCUGGGUAACAAGAUGGCCUCCCAGCUGCUGACAUUGCUCUUCCUGGCCGUCUGGCAUGGCCUCCACUCCGGCUACUUGGUCUGCUUCUCCCUGGAGUUCAUAAUCGUCAACGUGGAGCGGAAGGUCAUGGCUGUGGUCAGAGACAGUCCACUGCUGAUGCGACUUGCCACCAGCCCUCUCUACCCCCUCAUCUAUGGCGUACAGCAGCUCCUGCACUGGCUCUUCAUGGCGUAUCCCCUCGUUCCCUUCUGUCUCUUCACUUACGAUAAGUGGCUCAAGGUGUACUCGUCCGUCUAUUUCUGUGGUCAUGUCUUCUUCUUCACCAUCUAUCUCAUCCUACCAUACCUCCGUAAGGGGUUAGUGCCUCGGAAAGGCGAGGAUGUGAAAAAAGAUGCAUAGAUAUAAAGGUAUCAAGUUUGGACUUUUGAUCUGAGUUCACCUGAAGGGAACUGACUUUUAAAGAUGAAAAGAUCAGAACAUAUUUUAAUGCCUUUAGUAAUAUUUAUGUGUACAAUUUUUGUUUCUAUAUAUUUUGUUUUGGGUGGAUGAGAAUGGGGGAAAUUAUUAAACGAGGGGCAGAUUUUGGGGGAGGGGAGGCAAGAAGUUGUCAUUUAAAUGUCCAUUGUUCCACUUCAUAACUAUAAAUCCAUCGAGUUAAGUGAGGGGGAGGUUUACUGAAAUUAAGUUCCUGAAUGUCAGUUAAAGGGGAGGUUUACUAAAAUGCAGAUCCCGAAAGUUGUGUUGACAAGUGCACAUGUGAUUUACAGGUUAAUACUGUUUUUUUAAAAAAAAAAAAGAAAAAAAAAAGUUAGCCUCGGGUUCGUUCCAGUUAAGUAAAACCCAAUGAGGCUCCGACCCGAUGCACAAUACAGUUGGUUUCUAUGAUCGAGUAGGUGUGGAAAAAAAUGACGCUGAUGUCAUAGAAGAUUGUGCAGACGAAGCCGUUCACGAAAUUACUGCCGAAAACACUACAGUACGCUGCACUGUAUUACAGUAUACAUGUGAUUUAAAAAAUGCCUUGAAUAUUAUAAACGAAUGUUUUAACGGUUAUGGUGGUUGAAAUGCUUUGGAAGUUCGGUUCAGUACUGCUUCUGUCUGUCCUCAUUUCUUCGGCCUUGAAAAAGUUAACCCCCCAUGUCCAUAUUUCUUUCCCUUCCCUCCCUCCGUUACGCUCCUUUGGGCUGCCUGUGAUUGAACGAGAAGUGCGGGAAAGGAAAAAACACCACAUUUGCUAUUGAAUGGAAGUAUGAUAAUAGUGCCAUCCAUCCAUAACUAGUGAGCUGGGACCCCUCUUGCCUACAUGCUCAAAAGGUGGAGGACUGUAACUCACUGUAACGAUGAUAGUAUUUUGAUAAUAUUUAUAUACUUGUGGUGAUUAUUGAUGUGUUGAUUAUUAUUCUGGAGAACUACUUUUGCCUUACUGCUACCAAAAUGUAUAAAGAACACCGUUUUAAACAGACUUUUGUAAUGUUCAUUAAAAUGCUGGAUUUAUAAAAUCGA